UGUCGGUUUGCCGUUGUUUCUGUGUAGUGAAGUGAGGUGUGAAGAGUCGGACGGUGUUUUAUCCGUGAACGACUUAUUAACAAAAAAGUAUUUUAUUCUUCUGUAACUUCCCCCCGUGUCAGACACCAGCCGGGGGACGUUGUUGGCGAAACGUCAGUGAACGGAAAACGCCGAGCUGGAUCAGUCCAGAAGACGCUCAGUGAUCAUGUCUAAUCUAAUACAGAUCACCAAAAAAGAUGAAAAAGGCCGAAACAUCCAAGUGGUCGUGAGAUGCAGGCCUUUCAAUGCAGUGGAGCGUAAGUCUAACUCCCAUGGAGUGGUGGACUGUGACUCAAACAGGAAAGAGGUGACGGUCCGUACUGGGAGCGUCACGGACAAAACCUCCAGGAAAAUGUACACCUUCGACAUGGUGUUUGGUCCGUCUGCAAAGCAGAUAGACGUGUACAAGAGUGUGGUGUGUCCCAUAUUAGAUGAAGUCAUCAUGGGAUAUAACUGCACCAUUUUUGCAUAUGGGCAAACAGGCACAGGGAAGACCUUCACAAUGGAGGGUGAAAGGUCACCUAAUGAGGAAUUCACCUGGGAGGAGGAUCCUCUGGCUGGUAUCAUCCCUCGUACUCUUCACCAGAUCUUCGAGAAGCUUACCACGAACGGCACUGAGUUCUCUGUGAAGGUUUCCCUGCUGGAGAUUUAUAACGAAGAGCUGUUUGACCUUCUCAGUCCCUCGCCGGAUGUCACAGAAAGGCUGCAGCUGUUUGACGACCCCAGAAACAAGAGAGGUGUUAUCGUUAAGGGACUGGAGGAGAUAACGGUGCAUAACAAGAACGAGGUCUAUCAGAUCCUUGAGAGAGGAUCAGCCAAGAGGAAGACCGCAUCCACGCUGAUGAAUGCAUACUCUAGCCGUUCUCACUCGGUGUUCUCCGUCACCAUUCACAUGAAGGAGAUCACUCUGGAAGGAGAGGAGCUAGUGAAGAUUGGAAAACUGAACCUGGUGGAUCUUGCGGGCAGCGAGAACAUCGGUCGCUCUGGAGCAGUGGACAAGCGCGCUCGAGAGGCAGGAAACAUCAACCAGUCACUGUUGACGCUUGGUCGUGUGAUCACAGCUCUGGUGGAACGCGGUCCCCACGUGCCUUACCGUGAGUCCAAGCUUACCCGUAUCCUCCAGGACUCGCUGGGUGGACGCACCAAGACCUCAAUCAUCGCCACAGUCUCUCCAGCUUCCAUCAACUUAGAGGAGACUCUCAGUACACUGGAUUACGCUAACAGGGCGAAGAACAUCAUGAACAAGCCCGAAGUGAACCAGAAACUCACCAAGAGAACCCUUAUCAAGGAGUACACCGAGGAGAUUGAGCGGUUGAAGCGGGAUCUGGCUGCUACUCGUGAGAAGCAUGGCGUGUAUCUCUCAGCUGAGAACUAUGAGAGUAUGAACAGUAAACUUGUGAGUCAGGAAGAACAGAUCACAGAAUACACAGAGAGGAUUGCAGCAGUGGAGGAGGACCUCAAGAGACUGAUGGAGCUGUUCACAGACAGCAAACAGAAGCUGGAACAGUGCAGCGAGGACCUGCAGGACAAGAGCCAGCAACUGGAGGAGGCUCACAAGGACCUGAAGGACACCAGGCAGAGGCUCACACAGGAGGAGUUCAUCACCACGAAGCUGCAGACCACUGAGAGCCAGCUGUACGAUGCUGCAGGACAGCUGCUGAGCACGGUGGAGGUGAGCACGUCGGACGUGGGAGGCCUCCAUGCCAAGCUGCAGCGGGUGCAGGCUGUGGAGCAGCACAACUCCACGGCUCAGAGUCUCUUUGCCCAGUGCAUGGAGCAAACCUGCAGCAGCAUGCAAGGCGCCUUGCAGCAGCACAGCCUCAAACACACCGCCAUGCUAGAUCACUACCGCCAUGCUAUGGCGGAGCUGCUGGGAGGAACCGGGCGUGUGUUCGAGCAGGCUGUGGGCUCCGUUCUCCAUUCCUACUCCGCUGUCCAGGAGGCGGUGGAGGAAGGAGUGAACGGCUGCAAGGCCAAACUGCUGCAGCAGGACGAGCUCACACACGGGAGCAGAGAUGCCAUGCUUCAAAUGCUGGAUGAACAUAAACUUCACUUAGAAGAUGUUCUAACUGCAAAAGCGAUGCCUGCUAUUGGAUCAAUUGUGGCUGUGAACGAAGGCUUGAAACAGACGCUGCAGAAGUAUAACGUACUGGCUGGACAGUUGGAGGAGAUGAAAGCAGACAUGGCAACAUUUUUUAGUGGCCACAUGGAGGCGCUGGUGCGCAUGCGGGAAACGGCUGUGCAUGGCUUCACAUCCCUCCAGGCUGAACACAGCAAGCUGAAGGAGCAGAUCAACCAGGCUGGACACCAACAUCAAACACGUGUAGCGCAGCUACUUCGGUGCGUCCAGGAUCAGAUGAACCUCCUGGCCCUGGACACACAGUCUGACUUUAAGGGGCUUCAGGAGGCAUCAGAUGCACAGGAUGCUCCCAUGGAGACUCUAAAAAUUACAAUACAGAGCCAAUGCACCUCAGCUGAACAGGAGAGCUCGACAGUCGGCGCUCGUCUGAGUUCAUGUACAGAUGGAGUGAUUAAGGAAAUGUGUGGCGUGGCGGAGGAGGAACGUGCGGCGUUGGAGGAAAGUGCUGGGUACUGCGGCCUCCUGCAGAGCUCUCUGGAGUCGUUGGCUGACUCGAGCCUCCAGUGGUGUCACGCAGCCAGAGACCUGACUGAGAGACGUGCCGAGGAACAGCUGACCCUCGCUGAGGAGAGCAAGGCUGCUGUGCACAAGCUUCUGAAGCAUGUAGAGGAGCGAGGUCAGGCCAUCACAGAGGAGUGCCAAGCUCGCCUCGCUCCAGUGCAGCAAGAAAUGCAAGGUCUCCUGAAAGGAGUGGAGGCCCAGACGUGUGAAGACCAGGCCAUUCUGCAGCAACACAGAGAAGAGCUCUCAGUUCUCAUCACACAGACCCAUAAUGCGGUCAACAACUUCCUCAGUAAUGAACUUCAGCAGGAUCUGCCUACGGGCACAACACCAAAGCGUAAGGAGUACAUGUACCCUCGUGCACUCGUGCCACUGAAGGGGAGAACCGAGCUGGAGGACGAGUUUAGGGCUCAGCAGGAGCAGCUAAUGAGUGCCCUCGGGCAGUGUGAAGCCCUCACUGAGGGAGAGGAGGAGGAGAAACCAGUAGACCAGGACUCUCUGGAGGAUGAAGUUUGCAGCUCCAGUGACAGUAACUCCACGCAGCAGUCUAUAUCCGAGGAGAAUCUGAUGUGCUAUGAGGAGGGAAGAGUUCCUUUCUUUAAGAAAAAGUCUAAAAAAGAGAACCUCAGCAAGUCUCUGAACCGCUCGAAGGUAGCUGAGAACGAGAGCUCGGUGACGCCGCCGCGAUCCAGAUUACCACUCAGGACCCAAAACCAAUAACCUCUCCACUUCCUUUUCUUUCCUCACUUACCUGUAGACAUUUAAGUACUUAUUGUAUUUUUCCGGCAUCUGUAUUUUUUAAACUAUAUUUGACAUGAGUUUAAAUGUUCCUUUAUGUGCGUACGUCUUCAUCCUCAGUCACCGUUUUUAAUGUUGUACGUUCAAGUUGUUUUUUCACUUGGUUGAAAUGGGUAUAUGUUUUUUGUUAUCUUACAUUUUUGAAAAUUAAGAACGACUGCUGAUCAAGUGCUGUUUUUAAAAAAAAAAAAAAAAAAGUCUGACUUUAAACUAAUAAAGAUUUUAAGAUUCAA